GGCCUGGGCCUGCACCUGACGCCGCUCGGCCUCCGCGCUGGGUGGCGGCGUCUCGGGCCCGCUCCGUGGCGGCGGUGGCCUGACAGCAAGCCCAAGUGGGAUGCGGCUGACGCGGAAACGGCUGUGCUCGUUUCUCAUCGCCCUGUACUGCCUCUUCUCGCUUUACGCCGCGUACCACGUGUUUUUCGGGCGCCGCCGCCGGGCGCGGGCCGCAUCUUUGCGGGGCCUCAGGAAGGGGGCGGCCCCGGCGCGGGAGGGGCGCGGCCGAGAACAAUCUACUUUGGGAAGUGAAGAAUGGAAUCCUUGGGAAGGAGAUGAGAAAAAUGAGCAACAACACAGAUUUAAAACUAGCCUUCAAAUAUUAAAUAAAUCCACGAAAGGGAAAAGAGACUUCCAAGUACAAAUAUGGGGCAAAGCUGCCAUUGGUUUGUAUCUCUGGGAGCAUAUUUUUGAAGGCUUACUUGAUCCCACUGAUGUGACCGCUCAAUGGAGAGAAGGAAAUUCAGUUGUAGGAAGAACAUAUUACAGCUUCAUCACUGGUCCAGCUGUAGUCCCAGGGUACUUCUCCGUUGAUGUGAAGAAUGUGGUGCUCAUUUUAAAUGGAAGAGAAAAAGCCAAGGUCUUUUAUGCCAUCCAGUGGUUACUUUAUGUACAAAAUUUAGUACAAACGCAAAAACUUCAACAUGUUGCUGUUGUUUUGCUUGGAAAUGAACAAUGUAACAAUGAGUGGAUCAACCAGUUCCUCAAAAGAAAUGGAGGCUUCGUGGAGCUGCUUUUCAUAAUAUAUGACAGCCCCUGGAUUAAUGACCUGGAUGUUUUUCAGUGGCCUUUAGGAGUAGCAACAUACAGGAAUUUUCCUGUGGUGGAGGCAAGUUGGUCAAUGCUGCAUAAUGAAAGGCCCUACUUAUGUAAUUUCUUAGGAACUAUUUAUGAAAAUUCAUCCAGAGAAGCACUUCUGAACAUUUUGAAACAAGAUGGAAUUGAUAAGCUUUGUUGGGUUUCAGUAAGAGAACAGUGGCAGCCUCAGGAAACAAAUGAAAGCCUUAAGAAUUACCAAGAAGCUUUGCUGCAGAGCGACCUCACCUUGUGCCCUGUGGGAGUGAACACGGAAUGCUACAGGAUAUACGAGGCGUGCUCCUGCGGCUCCGUGCCCGUGGUGGAGGACGUCAUGACAGCUGGCGGCUGUGGGAACACGUCUGCUCACCAGCAGGCCCCUCUGCAGCUGCUCAAGUCCAUGGGCGCCCCCUUUAUCUUUGUUAAGAACUGGGAGGAACUUCCUGCUGUCCUAGAGAAAGAGAAAACUAUAAUCUUACAAGAAAAAAUUCAAAGAAGAAAAAUGUUACUUCACUGGUAUCAACACUUCAAAACAGAGCUAAAAAUGAGAUUUACUAAUAUUUUAGAAAGUUCAUUUUUAAUGAACAAUAAAGGCUAUUAAUUAUAUUUUUGAGCUAA